AUGGGAAAAUUAUUGUUGGACGAAGUACACAAUACAAGUGGUAUUGUUAAUGAAGGUUUUCGAUUGGAAACUAUCGAAUCGGAGAAUGGAAAAAGUAAUGAUUCUAAUGGUCAGAAGAUUAAUAAUCGUUCUGAUGAACAAGAUAAAAACACCAUAGAUAUUCAUGACACGAGUGAAGUGAAGAGAGAAGCAUGGGGUGGGGGAUUAGAUUUUUUAAUGGCCUGUAUAGCCACGUCGGUUGGUCUUGGAAAUGUUUGGAGAUUUCCAUUUACAGCUUAUGAAAACGGUGGUGGGGCAUUUUUAAUACCCUACAUUAUUGUUCUAUUAUUUAUUGGUAAACCAUUUUAUUAUUUGGAAGGAUUGUUAGGUCAGUUUACGAAUAAAUCUUGUGCGAAGACAUGGGAAAUGACACCAGCCAUGAGAGGAUUAGGAUAUGGACAAGCUUUCGCAGCAUUCGCAGUUGUAUCGUAUUAUUCCAGCUUGAUGGCCUUGACUAUCUAUUACUUGAUAGUAAGUUUUCAAUCGGAAUUACCGUGGUCGUUUUGCCGUGAAGAAUGGCAAGGACAAUGCUUAAAUUCCACUGUUAACAAUACGUCAAUCAACAAUACUACCGUAAUUCAAAGUUCAGCGGAAUUAUAUUUUAGAAAAAUCGUUUUGAAAGAAUUCGAUUCCAUAGAAAAUGGUAUCGGUACACCGUCGUGGGAACUUUCGAUUUGUUUAUUCGUCAGUUGGUUUUGUAUAUUCGGUGUACUUUGUCGUGGUGUUAAAAGUACAGGAAAAGCUGUAUAUUUUUUAGCAAUAUUCCCUUACAUUAUGAUGAUAAUAUUAUUGGUAAGGUCAGUAACUCUGGAAGGUGCACUCAAUGGAAUAUUAUUUUUCGUAACACCCAAAUGGGAUAUGUUAUGGAACCCAAACGUUUGGUAUUCAGCUAUAACUCAGUGUUUCUUUUCAUUGUCUGUUUGCUUUGGACCAAUUUUGACUUAUUCGUCGUAUAAUAAUUUUGGCCAUGGCGUUAGCAGGGACGUGAUGAUAGUAACAACAUUGGACACAUUUACCAGCCUGAUGGCUGGUUGUACAAUAUUUGGAAUCCUUGGGAAUUUAGCUCACGAAAUGGGUGUUAAUGACAUAUCCAAAGUGGUUAGAGGUGGGACUGGUCUGGCAUUUAUCUCAUAUCCAGAAGCUUUGGCUAGAUUCGAUGUGGUUCCGCAACUUUUCUCAGUCUUUUUCUUCAUCAUGAUGUUUGUCCUUGGCACUGGAAGUGCUGUAGCUCUUAACGGUGCCAUUGUUAGUAUAUUCUGCGAUCAUUUCCCAAAAGUAAGCCAAUGGAUCGUGGUUUUACUUAUCAGUAUCGUUGGUUUUCUUAUUGGUCUUAUAUACAUCACUCCAGGUGGCCAAUGGUUGUUAACUUUGGUCGAUUACUAUGGGGGAACAUUUGUUGCUAUUAUCAUCGGUGUUCUUGAAAUGAUUACGAUAUUUUGGAUCUAUGGUUUAUCUAAUUUUUUAAAUGAUAUUGAAUUUAUGAUAGGAACAAGGCCAAAUUUUUACUGGCGGUUUUGUUGGUCAAUCAUCACUCCGCUAUUAAUGAUCGUUGUAGUAAUUUAUACAAUUGUUUCUUAUCAGCCUCCGACGUACGAUGGCAUGCUUUUUCCAGAUUAUGCUUAUGGUAUUGGAUGGUUCCUUAUUUUCAUUGGUAUCGGUUUAAUGGUAGUAUGGUUCAUUUACAUAUUUACUAAAAAUAUGUCAACGUCAAUUAUCGAAACAUUGAAAACAUCAUUAAGACCUUCGGAAAAAAAUUGGGGACCAAACGAUCCUGCUACGAGAAAAAAAUGGCAGGAUUUCAUUAUCGAAAAAAAACGUCAACCUCCAAGAUCUCUAAUCGAAAUUUACUUUAAAUAA